AUGGGCGAUGGGGGCGCGGAGCGGGACCGCGGCCCCAAGCGCGGUGGCCGGAGCGGACGCCACGGCGACCACAACGGAGCGGAAGACUUGCGUGCUGACACGGGUAGCAGGAGUCCAAGGGAGGUUGCGGCGACCUCGGUCUCCAGCCCCGCAGGCUCCAGGGAGAGCGGCGCAGACAGCGACGGACCGCCGGCGCUCGGUGAGACGGACCACUGCCGCCGCAUCCUGGUACGAGAUGCCAAGGGGACCAUUAGAGAAAUUGUCCUGCCCAAGGGCCUGGACCUUGACCGACCCAAGAGGACCCGCACCUCCUUUACGGCAGAGCAGCUGUAUCGCCUGGAGAUGGAGUUCCAGCGCUGCCAGUACGUGGUGGGCCGAGAGCGCACGGAGCUGGCCCGCCAGCUGAACCUCUCUGAGACCCAGGUGAAGGUCUGGUUCCAGAAUCGCCGCACCAAGCAGAAGAAGGACCAGAGCAGAGACCUGGAGAAGCGGGCAUCCUCUUCUGCCUCUGAGGCCUUUGCCACCUCCAGCGUUCUGCGACUUCUGGAACAGGGCCGGCUGCUCUCCGUGCCCAGGGCCCCCAGCCUCCUGACACUGACGCCAGGCCUGCCAGGCCUUCCUGCCUGCCACAGGGGCACCUCCUUGGGUGACCCCAGGAACUCCUCCCCAAGCCUCAAUCCAGUGCCCUCGGCCUCAGCAUCAUCCCCUCUGCCAGCCAUCUGCUUUUCCACAGCUCCGCUCCUGGACUUGCCUGCCAGCUACAAACUGGGGUCUUCAGCAUUUGAGCCCUACAUCAGGCUAGAACAACAGAAAGUAGGCAGCCCUGGCCAAAGUGGCAAGAAAGCUGACACUUAAGAGUCCCG